UUGUAUUAAACUUUUAAUUAUAUAUAUUAUAAAUUUAUAGUUUGUUAUGUUUUAAAUACUAAAACUAAAAACUUUUUUUAUUAAAUAUUUAAAUAUAAAAAAAUAAAAAAAUGAAUAUUAAAUUAUAUAUUUGUGUAUCAUUUUGGUUUUUACUUCACAUUAUUUCAAGUUAUUCCUAUCCAUUCAAUGAACUAGAACUUGAUAAGUACCCAAAGUUAUCUUAUCAUGAGUACGAACCGAAUGAAUUUAGUAUGGAUAACUCUGAUGGUUUUUAUGGUAAUUUAAAAAUAAAAGGUUUAACAGAAGUAUAUGGAUUCGGUUCUAAUGAUUGUUAUCAAAAUUCAAGUAAGGUAAAUGUUUAUGCUUGUCAAGGUAUAUCAGUUGGUGUUUCCAAUAUGGAGUACAAGGCUGAAAAACAUGUGGGAUGGUUUUUAGUUGGUUUAAGAGUUAAUCAUAAAUUAGAAUAUAUCGAUUGUAAUACAGAUAUGGCACCUAGUAUUAGUUUAAUUACAUCAAAUACCCAACCAUCAACUGCUGAAAACUCUGAAAGUUCAAAAACUACAAUUAAUGAAUCUAGUGAAACAAUUGGCAUAGAAGCUGAUGCAGAUUACACUUUUGGAUCAGGUGUAUUUGGUGGUGGUAUUGAUGGUUCUUACUCCAAAACAUAUAAAAAAACUUUUAAAUAUCAAUCUUAUAUCAAAGAUUGGUCCAUUAUUAACCACAGUCAUAUGGAUACUGUCUCAGAUUUUAUAUUUGACCAAUCUAUGCCUUGGGGAUUAAGACUGCCAGGAAAAGAUGAAGGAAGAAACUCUUCAAAUUUUUCUUCUUGGAAAGAUUAUACAACGGGAAAGGUUGGGGAUGAUAAAAAACUUUUACCUUUACCAGAUUUAAGUGUAUCCAUUUAUAAUCAAAAACUAUUUGUUCCAUUUACAAUUGAUAUUAAGAAUAAAGCUGGAUUAAAUGGGGAAUUUUUAACAAGUAGGCCAUGUACAACAGUAGUAUUAAAAACAACUAUUACACCUACAGUUGCAAUGAUCAUCAAUAUUGGGGAAUCCGAUAGUAGAUUGUAUCUUAAAACAAGCAAACAUCAAUUCUCUCAAUUUAUUGAUUUAGAUAAAGUUAAUUUAAAAACAAAAGAAGAUCAAAUUAAAAGGGAAGAAAAAAGAACAAUAGCAUUAGAAAAAUCAGCUACUACCAGCACAAAAACAAUGAAUACAAAUCAAUCAAAGGCAAGAAUAUAAAAAAAUAAAAAAAUUAUUAAUAUAAAAAAUAAAAAAAAAAAUUUAAUUAUCCUUUUAUUAUUAUU